GUGGCAGCAGCAUUGUAGCUGACGUGUUGUAUCAUUUUGUUCAGCCGGUUUUCUGUAUUUGUAUAUAUAAGAAACUCGCUUAUCCUCGCCAAAAUGAAUCUAGAUUUUCUCGACGAUGUAAAGCGUAUGAAUAAGCGCCAGAUGGUAUAUCAAGUUUUGAACUUUGGCAUGAUUGUAUCAUCAGCUCUCAUGAUUUGGAAGGGACUGAUGGUUGUGACAGGUAGUGAAAGCCCCAUCGUUGUUGUACUCAGUGGGAGUAUGGAGCCGGCAUUUCACAGAGGAGACCUAUUGUUUCUCACAAAUUACCAGCAAGAUCCGAUAAGCGUCGGGGAAAUAGUCGUGUUCAAAGUCGAAGGGAGAGAUAUACCUAUUGUUCACAGAGUGCUGAAACUACAUCAGAGGGUGGAUGGACGGGUAAAGUUCCUCACAAAGGGUGACAACAAUGCGGUGGAUGACCGGGGUCUCUAUGCACCGGGCCAACUGUGGCUGGAGAAGAAGGACGUGGUGGGGCGAGCCAGAGGAUUCGUCCCUUAUGUCGGCAUAGUCACCAUUCUAAUGAACGACUAUCCAAAAUUCAAGUAUGCAGUGCUGGCCUGCUUAGGAAUUUUCGUCUUGAUACACCGUGAAUGAUGUCCGCUGCUCCACCCGACACACAGAUCUGCAAAGCACUCUGUCGGAUAUUAGUAUUUAAAAGCACACGAUGGUGCUCAUCAUACAACCAGAGUACAGACAGAAGGACACCCUGCGUCAAGAUUCUAGUUCAACAAUCUUUGCACGUAUGGGUGAAUUAUUUGUCUCUGAUCGUUCUUUAUUUUUUUAGAAUAUUGAAUUUCCUCGACACUGGCUAUGGGUAGAAGCAUUUUAUCUCGAUUUCAGGGUAGCAUCUAACCGAGAGUUUCUGUCAUGUCUUCUAAAAUGACAGGAUAUUUAAAAUAUUCAAAUGGGAUAGUUUGCAAUGCGGUAUCUUGGUGUGUGCUCAUUGAAAGUGGCUUUCUGUUGAAAUACAUAUUAUGUCUAUUCAUCUCAUCUUAGAAACACGAUUCUGUACAUUUAUGUCUAAAGUAGGACAAAUAUAUUAAUUAGUUUCUUGGAAACCACAUAUUUGAAAGGCAUGGAUUAUUAUUUGUGGCCUGAACUUACAGCAAAUUAAUUUACUAUGGUUGGUCCCUCGCUAGCAGAAUGACAUGGCUUUUGUACAGUCUCCAUUAGCUUGCCAUUACCCCUGAUCAUGUCACAAGUGUUAACAUUUUUACUUGGUGUUGUUGCCAUGUAAGUGUGUAUAGAAUUGUUUUCCGGUAUAAACUCGGAAACUCUGCCACUAGGUGUCACUACUGAUCAAUAAACUACCAGCAUGUAA